AACUCCUACAACGCCCGGCUCUGAAUCAUCCAUCAACAACUCCCCUGCCCACUCAUACUUCUUUCUCGAGUGCUACCCUCCAGACUCAACAAGAUGGCAUCUUUCCUAUCACUACCUCGAGCCAUGGCUCCUUUCCGACAGAUCCCCCGUGCAUCAUCUCAGCCUCUGCGCGCUCUCUCAACAUCCUCUCCCCUCCGCGCAGAUGGCAAACUGAACCCCUUCGCGCGACCUGCUGCACCGCCCAGACUCCCGAAGGAGGAACAAGAGAUCUUCGAAGAGCUCCAAAGACAAUCAACCGGCGCAUUCAGCACGCCUCGAACGCCACCAAAGGUCAACCAGUCUCCCAACUCUGCCGCAGCAUCCGACGCUGCACCCGCAGCACGGAUCGACGCAUCUGGAGAUGGCGAAGAGCUACAUCCGAACUUGCGGAUGGGUGCCCAACCCGAAUUCGAGGGAGAGAAGAACCCCAAGACAGGAGAGAUUGGCGGGCCUAAGACUGAGCCGUUGCGGUGGGGUGGCGAUGGCGACUGGAGUUAUAACGGACGGGUUACGGAUUUCUAGAGAUCGCGCUAUCCCAGACGGACUAUAGAUAAUGUGAUAUGAUAGGGGGUCAUCUGACUGAUUCGUGGUGGAAUAUUAUAUUGCGUGUGAAGGUGGUCUCCGUGUCUGCGACUCUCUCUACGCAGCGGAAAUGGCUCCUAUAACCACCGACCAUUGCUGCAGUGAUAUGGAACGAACUUCAAGAUGGAGAGGGACGAUCUUCUACACAAGGUGAUAAUGGACAAUGGCCGUACAUAUUCACCACUCAACGGUUCGGAACAGAAGGGGCCCAUCUCGAACCUAUAGAAUGUACACUAUUCAAUCAACGUUUAUAAUUGCAACGUCGUAUUGCUU